UGUUGCACGCGGAAGUGAACAUCACGUGACGCACUUUCCUUCGUAAAUAUUUUGUCCUGUGAUUGAAUUAUUGCUAAGUCUCUACUUUAAAAGCUUAAAAGAUAGCGCCACUCAACAUUGACUUACUUUAAACGGCACAGAAUUUGAUCCUUAAACCCGCUGUAUUGAAACACUGCAGCUAAUCUAAAAAAAAUGAACGUGGAUCUUCCGCAAACAGGACAGACAGCAGCAGCAGCCACAUCCAUCUCCAGCAGCAACUGUGUCGGGAACAGCACAUCCACAAAUGCCAGCAGCAUCCCUGCCGUUGGAAGCACGAACGUUCCCACCUCGGCUGCUAUGGCAACCCCAGCAUCAGACUCCGCUGUGUCUAACGGGGUGUAUGUGCCCACAGGGAUCGCCAAUGGCGAUGUAAAACCCGUUAUCUCAACUACACCCCUGGCUGACUUCCUGAUGCAGUUGGAAGACUACACCCCUACAAUCCCAGAUGCAGUCACAGGAUACUACCUCAACCGAGCUGGUUUUGAAGCAUCAGAUCCAAGAAUAAUCCGCCUCAUCUCCCUGGCAUCCCAGAAGUUCAUCUCAGACAUUGCGAAUGACGCACUGCAGCAUUGCAAAAUGAAGGGAACAGCCUCUGGCAGUUCUAGGAACAAAGCUAAGGACAAAAAGUACACACUGACAAUGGAAGAUUUGACUCCGGCCUUGACAGAAUAUGGCAUAAAUGUUAAGAAACCUCACUACUUCAUAUGAGGAGGAUGCGUCACUAAAAUGGACUGUUUGAAAUGUACUGUUUGUCACAUCAGAGCUCUGAAGAUGUCAUUUUUCACCAUUGGCCAACAGGAGCCUUCAGGCAUUUUUUCUAUUUUCUAAGUUUGAAAAUACGCCAGCUUGAGUUGUUUCGUUACACAUCAUAUGUGAAUUUUUUUCAAAUCGGCAAACAAUUCCCUACGAAAUAAAUAGCUUAUAAUUAAUUACCAUAUUUUAUCAUUGUACAAUGCUUGGAAAUACUGUUUAUCUUAUUCUGUUGACACCUUGAUUGAUUAUAAAAAGAAUUGCUAUGUAUUUGUUUUAGUUUUACAGUUAAUAAAGAAGUUUUCUUGUAAAUUUA